AUGCUGAUUAUCUUCUCUGAAGAGAGUUUGAGAGCUUCUUUGAAUUUAGGCUUAUCAGAGAGUUUAAAGAUAGCUUUCCCGGAUAUCAUCCCCGCCAUCAGGCCUAAAGUUGAGAAUAUAACUAUUCCAGAUGGUGAAUGA